AUGGUAUUCCGCCGCUUCGAAAAAUGCCCAUCACAGCAUAAACCGCUUCUGAGGUACAAGGAUACUAACCUAGAAAAAAUCAAUGAGUUCACUUUUCUUGGAACGAUGUUUGACACAAAGCUAACGUGGAAAAGACACAUUGCUAAAAUAGAAGAACGAGUCUCCAAUAGACUGAAUGAACUGAAGCGUCUUGCUGGUUGCGUAUGGGGCUGUGCGCGCUCAACUCUCAACACCACUUACAAGAUGUUUAUUCAGCCAAUAAUGUUGUAUUGCUGUGAGCCACUCAUUGCAGCCACAGAGGUGACUCUCAAACCACUCGAGAAGGCACAAAACCAAGCAUUACAACUAAUUACUGGAGGGAUGAAAUCAACACCCAUUGAUGCAAUGCUCCUGGUUACAGGGAGCACCACAAUAUGUUCCCUUAUCAAAGAAAAGGCCUUGAUCCUGUAUGAGAAGCUACUGCGCAUUCCCAUGAAUAAGUUCUUUAGCCCCUAUGAGAAUAGACCAAGACAUCUGAAAACGCAAUCUGGUCUAAUACAGAAAGCCAUAGAAUUGAAGAUAGCAUUACAAAUCGAUGACAAACCAAAAAGCCUCUCU